UUAACAAUUUUCUAACUUUAACCAAAUUCUCCUAACCAUCGACAUUUAACAGGCUACGUAAUUUCUCAUAAACCGGCUACGAAAAGUCAAUUCUGACAAAUGCUGGAUCCCUUCUAUCCAUGACCACGAACAAGAGCUACGUUCACAACUCCCACACUCCCCAAUGUUUUUUGACAGUAUUUUGUAACACAUUUCAUGGAGAAGUAUUCAAAUAUAUGUUCACCUCUUCCCUAAAUUGAUUGUGUUGAGGCGAGUUAUAUUGUUCUAACGAUCAGGUGAGGAUUACUUAUUUAUUUUUUUCAAGCCAGCAGCUAGACAACUAUAGCCACAGGCUAGACUACUACACGCACAAAAAAAAUGUCUCAGAUGAAUCUGGCGGCCAGUGGGAACAAGGGUGGAAGCAUGGCUUCUCGUGGCAAAUCAGAAACUGGGAAACUAAAACAAAACAUGGAGGAGCAACUGGACAGAUUGAUGCAACAGCUCCAAGAUUUGGAAGAAUGCAGAGAAGACCUAGAAGAGGAGGAGUAUGAGGAGACCAAGAAGGAAACCCUGGAGCAGUUGAAUGAGUUCAAUGAGUCUCUGAAGAAGAUGGUGACAGGCAACAUGACACUGGUGGAUGAGCUUGGAGGAAUGCAACUGGCAAUCCAGGCUGCCAUCAGCCAAGCUUUCAAGACCCCCGAGGUGAUCCGAAUGUUUGCCAAGAAGCAACCGGGGCAGUUGAGAACCAGAUUAGCAGAGAUGGACCGUGAUGUCAUGGUGGGAAAACUUUCGAGGGAUGUGUACACUCAGCAGAAGGUGGAGAUCCUCACUGCCUUGAGAAAACUGGGCGAGAAGCUUACAGUCGAAGACGAGACAUUUCUGGCUGAAAAUGUGACCGCAACCCUCAGCCAAUUUGAAAAAAUCACUGCAGACCUCGGAUCAGAAGACAAGAUAAUGGCUUUAGCUAGUUCUGGUGUGGAGAAAACCAAGGUAUAGAGGGUAAUCAGGUGUUGUCUAUGUUGUUUAACAUCAAGUGUUUCCACCCAAUAACAGUGCCAUAAUAUUGAUAAUGUAAAUCAAUCAUGCACUUAGACCGUACUUGCUUUUAAAGAGUAAAGUUCAACUUUUGUACACUUUUUUUUCCUUCUUUUUUUUCUGAUGAUUGUAAAACUUGGUAUGCAUUUGGUACUAGAGUAUUUGAGUAGAGUAGUCUAUUUAUAAUUUGAACAGUUAGACAGUCCAUCGGUCAUCCUUUUUGUUAAGUGUGGCUAAGACAUUUUGAAGGCUUUAAAUUCAGUUUUCAUACGGAUUGUCUUCAUGGCUAAAUAAUUUUGUUUUAGCUCUUGGAUUGAAUUAUUUUUCCUGCAUAACUGUUCAUGUCAAAAUAAAUGAAUCAUUGCAGUGUUAAA